CAUGGUCGCAAAUGAAAAACAACGGUCUAUCCCAGUAAUCUACUGCUAGCAUUUGAAAGAUAAUUAAAGUUUGAGACUGAAGCAAUGUAAAGUUUAAUCAAUUAGGAUGCUACAUUUCGUUAACUUGUAUCAUUCCUAAAAGAGACUGCCACUUUCAAUCUUUGCUCAUGGAUUAUGCUAGAGCGUCCUCGAGUGAGGGAGUGAUGCUCAAGGGAUUAUUCAAGACAGUAUCUAAAAAAAGCUGCCAACUGAAUGCUUAUGUUCACCAGACUGUAAAUAAGGGGCAUGCAGUAGUAGCCUGUUGCAGAUCUUACCAUGACUACGCUUUAUCGUGCGCUUCUUCUGUUGAGUGUCGGGGUAGCCUGCCUGGCACAGCAGAGGACCCCACGAACCAAGAGAGGUCUGCUAGAAUUGGCAGGGGUCAUCAAGUGUAGCACAGGGAGAUCUGCCCUGUCUUACAUGAUGUACGGUUGCUACUGUGGACUGGGUGGUCAGGGCUGGCCCAGAGAUAGGGCUGACUGGUGUUGCCAUAAACAUGAUUGCUGCUAUGGGGAUGCAGAAGUUGCUGGCUGCCAGACCAAAACAGACAAGUAUCAUUGGACGUGUGAUGACAAGAAAGCAGAGUGUGAUGAUCUCAAAGACAAAUGUGAGAAGAUUCUCUGCAAGUGUGACAGGGAGGCCGCCAAAUGUUUGCGAAAGGCACCUUUCAUUCAGAAAUAUGCCUUGUGGCCGGAUUUCCUCUGUGGAUGUGAUCAACCAACAUGCAAUAUUUACUGACUCAAUAAACGUAGAUGGACAUGUG